GGCUCUUCUUCCUCUCCUUCCGGCUCCUCCGGGUGAUGAAAUCGCCAAAAAGGCCUCUGUUCCCCCAUAUUCCUAGAGCGCCUGCGAGCGAGGUGUUCUCUUUAGUAUCUACUGUUGGAAUGGGUGCGGUUUUCAAGGGUUCUUCUGCACGCAGCCCACUGUGGAUCACACCCUGGAGACGGCGCCUGGUGCGACGGCAUUAUUCUCACGCGGUGCUGCCCUCGUAUGGCAUCACGACUCCCACGCCGGAGCCUCAGCAACGGCCUCAGACGCCAUCUCCCGUCUUCCGAUCCCCCUACCGCUUCGAAACGGGGUACGCUUGCUGCGCCAAACGGCCGUCUCGACCCUUCCCCCCACCGUUCCUGUCUCCGCCGUCCUCCUCGUUUUCGGACCCUUUGACCACCCACGGCCAGAGCCUGGAUAAGAGAUUAUCCGUCAAGGGGGAGCUGAUCCGCGGCUUGAACAACGGCGACGAUGCGGUGCUAGUUGCAGAGAACUUUAUCGGCGUGAAUGAUGGGGUAGGCGCCUGGGCGACCAAGUCCCAGGGCCAUGCUGCGCUUUGGUCGCGGUUACUACUCCAUUUCUGGGCCCUCGAGGUCGAGCGGCAGGUUGACAACGUGUCUGACCCAGAUCCGGUCGAGUUCCUUCAGCGUGCCUACGAGGAAACUGUGCGGGCGACAAGAACACCCAACGAAUGGCUGGGCACUUCGACUUCGGUCACCGCGCUCCUUCAUUGGUCUGCCGAUGAUGGAUGUUCGAAGCCGUUGCUCUACGUCACAAACCUAGGGGACUGCAAGAUUCUGGUCAUCCGACCGAGAGAGAGAGAGGUCUUGUUUCGGACCCAGGAACAAUGGCAUUGGUUUGAUUGCCCAGUGCAGUUGGGAACAAACAGUGUCGAUACGCCGCGCAAGGAUGCAGUCAUGUCCAAGGUCGAGCUUGAGGAGGACGACAUCGUCCUGGCUCUUUCCGACGGCGUGGUCGACAACCUGUGGGAACAUGAGGUGGUGACCAUAGCUCUGGAUAGCUUCAACAAAUGGGAAGCAGACAAAGAAUGCCUCCCCCACUCCUAUGGCCAUAAGACCGACCAACGGAUGGUCUUUGUCGCUCGUGAGCUACUGAAGGCGGCCCUUGACAUUGCGCAGGACCCUCACGCGGAGAGUCCGUAUAUGGAAAAAGCAAUCGAUGAGGGUCUGGCCAUUGAAGGAGGCAAACUGGACGAUAUCUCCGUUGUUGCCGCCUCAUGCAGAAAGAGGGUUACCUGAUCCAUCUGCUGCCCAAACAUCGAUAGAAUUUCUUUUCUCGGCAUCGUUUCGUCUUCAGAGCAGGCGCUAGAUUCGAUUUAUACCCAUGUCCAGCCUUUUCGGCUUUUCCCCAUAAAAUGAUACCAACCUAAUAUGCUCCUGGCAUCCUCACCAGAAUCAGGUCGCGCCCAAUAAAGGUCGUCCACGACAACCAUCAAUCCAGGGAACGCACAACCUUGUGAUACUUUGGGGAUUUUACGAUUUGAAAGACUCAUCGCUCAUCUAAUCUAUCUCACUAGGGAUAGUCCCUCGGCUAGAGGCUCUGGCUUAUAUCACCUUGCUCAAUUGCUCAUGAUGGCCUGGCUUACAGGUAAUUAAUUAGACUAAUAGGUGCAUCUUGCAACUUCUUAGAGACAUUAUUAUCUUAAUGACAUUAUUACCAAUUC